UUGAUAUUAGAUCGCGUGAGAUGUGAUAAAAUUAUCGAUUGGCACUGAUUUAUACUGGAAAAUAUCUGGGUCUCGUGUAUAAAAACGAUUGCUGGAUCGAUUCGCAAUAUCAGUUGUUGCAGUUGCAUUUCAGACGAACUGACGUAACAAACAAUACACUAUGAAGGGAAUAAAUGUGGUCCUUCUCGCCGUAUUUGCCAUAGCGGCCAUAAUUCACGUUUCUGAAGCCGUGUGGUGUCCACCAAUCAAUGAAGCAUUAGUCACUUUACUUCCGAACCCGGCUAAUUGUAAAACCUUUUAUUCAUGCAACGGUGGCGUAGCUACUUUAUUAGAAUGUCCUGUUGGACUUUAUUUUAACCCCGAAUUAAAAGUAUGCGAUUGGACAAUACGUGACGAACGCUAUAAUUGUGAGGUGCUCCAUCCCACUUCUACCCCAAGCUCUGUCAACCCCUCUACCGCAAAGAGUGUGCAAUAAAUAAUUGUAAUUGUAAUAUAAAUAUAUACGUUGCUCUUAAAAACUUUACGGCACAUGAAAUAAUAUUUAUAUAAUAAUUACGAAUAGUGUAGAGACGUCGAAAUUUGUUAGUAGCAACAUACAUUUAGAUAUGCAAAAUAUGUAAGAAAAUAAAUAAGUCACAGCAAGAA